ACACCAGUAAUAAUUUUCAGUCUGUAAAAACAUAUUAAAUAAAACUCAAAAUUUAAUUCAAGGUGUCAUUAAAUACAUAUUCAAAUUUCAAUAUUUAUAAUUUCUUCCUUAUUUUAAGGUGCAACCUCUUUUGUAAAAAAAUAUUUAUUAAAUAAAACAUUGGUAAUGCCAUUUUAUGUAAUUGCGAAACAAAAGCAAUGGCAUAUAACUAAGCAAACAAGCUUUAAAAUAUCAUAAAAAUCAUAAAGCUGCACCGACCACAAACCUUGGAGCGAUUAUGCAGCGCAAUUUCAUGCAUGAACCCAACUGUACCGGUCACUUCUAACAGCUGCUCACUCUCUCCUCAAAGCUCUCGUUUUUCACUUUGGAAACAUUCAAAAAUUUCCAAAUCAAAGCUUCUCUCAUCCCAUUCUCUCUAAGGAAAAAACUGUUAACGUUUUCCUCCAGCACCUUCUAUAGCAAAAAUGACAUCCGAACUGAUUCAUAGGAACCAAACAAGCUCAACAGAGUUACCAGCUCUCACGUCACGAAAUAAACCUUCUAGCCUCGUCAAAAACUCGACAACCCCAUUUCGUUACAUGCUUCAGAAGCAACGUUUUGUCUUUGUUCUUGUCGGUAUUGUCAUAGCUGCACUGUUUUUCAAUUCGUUUCCUGUGUCACCAUCACAAGAACCUAGUCAUGGUAUAAUUUCAAACCAUGUUUUGGCAUCCGAAUCCAGUCGUGUGACACGGAGAGUCCUCUAUGAAGUGUACCCCGAAGCGUUACGACGCAGAAGUGUUUCUGGCAAGGUGCCAUUGGUAGUGAAAAGGAAGAGCUUGAGGAUUGUUGUCACUGGUGGAGCUGGGUUCGUGGGAAGCCACCUUGUGGACCGAUUGAUAGGAAGAGGUGAUAGUGUGGUCGUGGUUGAUAAUUUCUUCACAGGAAGGAAAGAGAAUUUGAUGCACCAUUUUGGUGAUCCUAGGUUUGAGCUCAUCAGGCAUGAUGUUGUUGAACCUCUUCUCUUGGAAGUUGAUCAGAUCUAUCACUUGGCUUGCCCUGCUUCCCCUGUUCAUUACAAGUUCAAUCCUGUCAAGACCAUUAAGACCAAUGUGGUGGGGACAUUGAACAUGCUAGGGCUUGCAAAAAGAGUCGGUGCCCGAUUCUUGCUAACAAGCACCAGUGAGGUCUAUGGUGAUCCUCUGCAGCAUCCCCAGGUUGAGACCUAUUGGGGCAAUGUCAAUCCUAUUGGUGUAAGGAGUUGCUACGAUGAGGGCAAACGGACAGCAGAGACCUUGACGAUGGACUAUCAUAGAGGCCAUGGCAUAGAGGUGAGGAUUGCUCGGAUUUUUAACACUUAUGGACCACGUAUGUGCAUCGAUGAUGGCCGUGUUGUCAGCAACUUUGUGGCCCAGGCAUUGAGGAAAGAGCCAUUGACUGUCUAUGGUGAUGGAAAGCAAACCAGGAGUUUCCAAUAUGUUUCAGACCUGGUGGAGGGUCUAAUGCGAUUGAUGGAAGGCGAUCACGUGGGUCCUUUCAAUCUUGGAAACCCUGGUGAAUUCACCAUGCUUGAACUUGCUGAGGUGGUACAGGAAACAAUUGAUCCAAAUGCAAAGAUAGAAUUCAGGCCAAACACAGAGGAUGAUCCACAUAAAAGAAAACCUGACAUUUCAAAGGCUAAACAGCUUCUUGGUUGGGAGCCAACGGUGUCCCUCCGCAAAGGACUGCCUCUUAUGGUCUCAGAUUUCAGGCAAAGAAUCUUUGGUGAUCAUAAAGCAGGUGGUGCAACUGCAACCCCUGAAUAAAUCCAAAAUAUGUAUAUAUAUUUGGAUCAUUCAUAGCUAUAUUCCUCCUUCCAUGUAG